AAGGUUAGCAAAAAUGAAUGUAAGAGAAAGGAGGCAGGAGGUAAGAAAAUGUGGUCUAUGUUACUUAUGUUUGAGGAAAGGUCACAUAGCUAUGACAUGCAACUCAGGCAUCAAGUGCGACGUUGAGGAUUGCAAGGUUAGACAUAAUUCAUUAUUGCAUAUUGGUGGUAUUGAUAACCAUGUGGUAAACCUAGCUAAGGAUUGGAACUCUUCAAAGGUUUGUUUGGGGAUCGUUCCAAUCAGACUAUACGGUCCCAAAGGAUGUUUAGAAACAUAUGCACUUCUAGAUAGUGGUUCGGACACUUCUCUUGUAUGUGAAGAAUUAAUUAAUCAGUUGGGUAUUAAAGGUAAAGAGACUUCGAUAAGGGUGGCGACUGUCAACGGAACUACCAAUUGUGAAUGCUUGGAGGUAAAUUUAGAGGUGUUUUCAUUAGAUGAACAAGGUUCUGUAAGGAUCAACAAAGUUUACACGACCAAGAAACUUCCGAUCGAUCAUGCAGCACCUUUAACCGAACUCCAACUGAAACGGUGGAAACAUCUUAAGGACAUAACCCUUCCGAGAUUGCAAAGUAAUUUUGUAGGAAUAUUGAUUGGGUGUGAUGCUCCGGAUGCACAUUGGGUCCUGGAACAACGUCUGGGGGACAGGAAGCAUCCGUUUGCUGUGCGUACUCAUCUUGGUUGGAUGAUUAUAGGUCCUAAGGGAGUAUCAAGGUCUCUACAUCAAGUUCAGUUGUGUCAUUGUUCCACCAAUGAUAUUUUGCGAGAUUUAGGAAGAUUAUAUGAUCAUGAGUUCGAGGAUACAGAUACGUUUCGUAAUGGAUAUUCUGUUGAAGAUAAAAAAGCUCUAGAAAUAGUUAGCAGUUCGUUUAGAUUGGAGGGUGGUCAUUUCCAAGUUGGUCUACCAUGGAAGUAUGAUAAGCCAAGACUACCGAAAAAUUUGGAACUGGCUGAACGCAGACUAGAAUCCUUAAGGAGGAGGUUUAUGAAAGAUAACAGUCUUUUGGAGAAAUAUCAAGUUGUGAUGAAUAAACAUUUAAGAAAGGGCUACAUCAUUGAAGCUAGUGAAGAGGGAUUUGACUAUGAUGCUGUUUGUUGGUAUAUUCCUCAUCAUCCUGUUAUCAACCCUAAAAGGCCUGGAAAAUUGAGAAUUGUUUUUGAUUGUGCGGCUGUCUAUCAAGGUUGUUCUCUUAAUGACCAGCUUUUGAGAGGACCGAAUACUGUAAAUAGUUUAAUUGGUGUACUUCGAUUCAGAUUAGGUAACGUAGCAUUAGCUGCUGAUAUCGAAGAGAUGUUUCUUCAAGUAAAGAUUCCGAGACAAGACAGGGGAGCAUUUCGUCUAUUGUGGUGGGAAGACGGUGAUAUACGACGAACGGCUAAGGCAAGAGCAGCCUCCUCGAAGGUCCAAACUAUACCGCGCUUGGAACUUACGGCAGCAGUUUUGACAGCUCGCAUGGGAUCCCAGCUGCAGUCAGAAUUAGAUAUUAAGUUUGCAGAGGUUAAUUUUUGGACGGAUUCUAUGAUUGUCUUACACUAUAUUAGAAAUGAGAAAAGCCAGUUUAAAACAUUCAUAGCAAAUCGAAUUUCGACUAUUCAGAGUCUUACUAAGGUGGACCAAUCGAGAUUCGUACCUUCUAAAGAAAACAUAUCAGACUUUGCAUCCAGAGGGGUCAAGUUUGACAUUGAUGAUGUCAAGGUAUGGGAGGAGGGUCCACGUUUUCUCAAGAAGCCGAAGGAGUGUUGGCCUGCCGCUGAUGUACAAGGUCCUGACCCUCAUCUAUUGGAAAUAAAGAAAGCAAUGUCGGCGCAUGUAAUGGCUGAAAAAUCCACUGUUGAUCAACUUAAUAAUUAUUAUUCAGAUUGGACUAGAUUACUUAAGGCUGUUGCGUGGUUAACCCGAUUUAAGCGAUAUUUACUGGUAAUGCGUUCUGGUAGAACUGAUCUGUCUCAACAGGUGGGUAUGCUUAGAUUUGAUGGGUUAAAUUUCGCUUGUUUAGAUUUAAUUCUAUAUGUCCAACGCAUAGUAUUUCGGAAAGAGAUUGAAAUGUUAUCGUCUGAUACCAGUAGUAAGGUGAAGAUAACGAAUUCACCGUUACGAACUUUAAAUCCAAUGAUGAUUGGAAGAUGGGCUUUAUGUUCUGCGGACUCAAAUAGUUGUUUGUGUGUGAUUAUGCAAUGGUGCCUGAAGCCAUGUGUUAUGGUUAUUCAUUUUCUAAAAGAACUAGAAGGGUCCAAUGUUACGAUUUGGAAUCAGAAUAGAGAGUUCGCAGUAAAUAAAGGAAUUAAUGGAUUGGUCCUCUAUACGUGUUUAUAUAUCCAUAUUUACGUUAGUGUAUAUGAGCUUCUAUGGAGGAUGAAGCAUUUUGUUAGAUGGUUGAUAUUGCGAUUGUUUAUGUUGGCGCAAAUAUUUUGGAAACGUUUGUCUAAGGAAUAUGUUUCAUUGUUGCAACUUAGACACAAAUGGACUCAACCAGAGAUGAACAUAGGAGAGAGUAACUUGGUGGCGACAUGUACUGGGUUUUUAGAGAAAGACAAAUGGUUAUUAGGUCUGGUAAUGAAAGUGACACCUAAUAGUGAUAGGUUAAGACCGAUGGAGUUGCGGACAAGCGUAGGGAUCUUGGUAAGAGAUAUUAGAAAACUGCGUCUAGAAGUUGUAGAUAUUAGGUAGCUACUCGGAUCCCUAGGCGUACUGGUGUAAGUCCUAGGGAUCACGAGAUUGUUGGUAUAUUGAGUGUUUGUUGUUGAUUGUUUGUGAUGCAUAUACUUGGAUUCUUGUUGUUUAUUUAUUUGUCUGAAAAGAACCAAGGUUCUUUUGGUCGGGAGUGUUACGGGAGAACUGAAGACAUUUGGCGGAUUAAAACCUUUUAUUGUACAUUAAUAAUUUACUGUGCUUUUGGAUGUAAUUGUUUUACUUAACUUUUGAACUUGUUUGUUUAUAUCAUUACUUCGGACAUUUUGGUUUGUCUUUGGUUUGGUAUUUUGGUGCUCUCUUUGUCUUUGGUUUGGUAUUUGGGAGUUUUGCUCCGGGAACCUACAAAAUUGAAGGUUUGUUUUGUAAUUGUUAUAAUUAUUGUUAUUAGAACGACAUUUGGUCGAUUACUUGUGAAUUACGAAUACAUUUGGUAUCUAAAUUGGGACUUGGUUCUGUUGUUAAUUUGGGUUCGUAAUUUGCGAGUAGAUCGAUAGUCCGUACUUCAAUAACUGGAACGAGCAAAACUUGGACGUAACAUAAAGUUCUUCAAUUAUUGGUUCUGUGUUCUUACCUUGGAUUUUCCGGAUAUUUUGGGUCCAAAUUCCUGGUCUUAUUGGUCGAUUUCGUUUGGAUUAAUUCGGAUUUGUUUUGGUAAUUGAUUAUUUGGAACAACAAAUACGAUGGAAACACGGAGCAAAAGGCUGAAGGAAAAUGACGAAAUGGAUGGUAAAAUUCCUAAAGCUGUUUGUGGUAUGUCUGAUGUUAAUGAUGAUAAAUGUGAUAAUGUUAGUCUUAAUAGUAUGUCCUCUAGCCAGCUAAGUACCUCUAGAUUAAAAUUAGAUAAAGCAUUACUGAGGAAAAGGAAUUUAGAGAAGAGACUUGAAUUAGAACGGCAACUUAAGAUGUUAGAUCUACAAGAAGAGGUUGAUAUCGCUGAACUAGAAUGCAAGGCUAUCGAGGACGAUGAACGAUUACCCGUAGAUAAAUGUGGGAUAAAUGCUAAAGUGGAAAAUUAUUUGGAUUGUGAUACUGGGUGUAAUAAUCACUCAGGGGAGGUAUGUAACAUCUCAAAUGUCGAUUGGGUCGGUGAGCUGAAGGACACGUUACAUACAAUGGUUAGUAACAUGGUUUUACCUAAGAUCGAUAUGAUGUACUUUGAUGGGCAGCCGGGUCAGUAUUACCGUUUUAUUAGUCAGUUUAAUAGCCUUAUAGAAAGUAAAUUGUCAGAUAAGGGCCAAUUGUUGUCGUAUUUGUUAUAUUAUUGCAAGGGAAAGGCCAGAACAGCAAUUGAAUCUUGCGUUUCUUUGCCCAGUCAUUUGGGCUAUGAUAGGGCUAAACGAAUUUUGUAUGAUUUAUUUGGUAAAGAACAUCUUGUUGCACGAGAACUAAUUAUUGAGUUAUUAAACCAUAAACCUGUCGGAGGAUCGGCUGACGUAUUAACUGACUUUGCGAUUAAGUUGCGUAAUGUAUGUAUAACGUUGAAGCAAAUGGGAUAUAUGUCUGACGUUAAUUCUACGGCUAAUUUGGAGGUAAUAGUUUCACGCCUACCACUAGAAUUGCAGAAUAAGUGGGUGGAAGUCGCCGAUAAGAUCAUGAUGCAUGGGAAGGAGCCGAGCUUUGAAGAAUUUGUGGUCUUUGUAGAAGAGAGGGCCAGAAUUCCCCGAACCCGUUAUGGUAGAUUAGUACAGUGUAACUCAAGGUUCGGUAAAAGGAAUUCUGAAGGCCAAGCUGAUAGAUCACGCUUUCAUGCAAUUAGACGAGACCCAAAUAGCUCAGUCAAGGUAUCACGUUGUGAAAUCUGCGAAGGUGAUCAUGAGGUGACAAAUUGUCCAAGGUUAGCAAAAAUGAAUGUAAGAGAAAGGAGGCAGGAGGUAAGAAAAUGUGGUCUAUGUUACUUAUGUUUGAGGAAAGGUCACAUAGCUAUGACAUGCAACUCAGGCAUCAAGUGCGACGUUGAGGAUUGCAAGGUUAGACAUAAUUCAUUAUUGCAUAUUGGUGGUAUUGAUAACCAUGUGGUAAACCUAGCUAAGGAUUGGAACUCUUCAAAGGUUUGUUUGGGGAUCGUUCCAAUCAGACUAUACGGUCCCAAAGGAUGUUUAGAAACAUAUGCACUUCUAGAUAGUGGUUCGGACACUUCUCUUGUAUGUGAAGAAUUAAUUAAUCAGUUGGGUAUUAAAGGUAAAGAGACUUCGAUAAGGGUGGCGACUGUCAACGGAACUACCAAUUGUGAAUGCUUGGAGGUAAAUUUAGAGGUGUUUUCAUUAGAUGAACAAGGUUCUGUAAGGAUCAACAAAGUUUACACGACCAAGAAACUUCCGAUCGAUCAUGCAGCACCUUUAACCGAACUCCAACUGAAACGGUGGAAACAUCUUAAGGACAUAACCCUUCCGAGAUUGCAAAGUAAUUUUGUAGGAAUAUUGAUUGGGUGUGAUGCUCCGGAUGCACAUUGGGUCCUGGAACAACGUCUGGGGGACAGGAAGCAUCCGUUUGCUGUGCGUACUCAUCUUGGUUGGAUGAUUAUAGGUCCUAAGGGAGUAUCAAGGUCUCUACAUCAAGUUCAGUUGUGUCAUUGUUCCACCAAUGAUAUUUUGCGAGAUUUAGGAAGAUUAUAUGAUCAUGAGUUCGAGGAUACAGAUACGUUUCGUAAUGGAUAUUCUGUUGAAGAUAAAAAAGCUCUAGAAAUAGUUAGCAGUUCGUUUAGAUUGGAGGGUGGUCAUUUCCAAGUUGGUCUACCAUGGAAGUAUGAUAAGCCAAGACUACCGAAAAAUUUGGAACUGGCUGAACGCAGACUAGAAUCCUUAAGGAGGAGGUUUAUGAAAGAUAACAGUCUUUUGGAGAAAUAUCAAGUUGUGAUGAAUAAACAUUUAAGAAAGGGCUACAUCAUUGAAGCUAGUGAAGAGGGAUUUGACUAUGAUGCUGUUUGUUGGUAUAUUCCUCAUCAUCCUGUUAUCAACCCUAAAAGGCCUGGAAAAUUGAGAAUUGUUUUUGAUUGUGCGGCUGUCUAUCAAGGUUGUUCUCUUAAUGACCAGCUUUUGAGAGGACCGAAUACUGUAAAUAGUUUAAUUGGUGUACUUCGAUUCAGAUUAGGUAACGUAGCAUUAGCUGCUGAUAUCGAAGAGAUGUUUCUUCAAGUAAAGAUUCCGAGACAAGACAGGGGAGCAUUUCGUCUAUUGUGGUGGGAAGACGGUGAUAUACGACGAACGGCUAAGGCAAGAGCAGCCUCCUCGAAGGUCCAAACUAUACCGCGCUUGGAACUUACGGCAGCAGUUUUGACAGCUCGCAUGGGAUCCCAGCUGCAGUCAGAAUUAGAUAUUAAGUUUGCAGAGGUUAAUUUUUGGACGGAUUCUAUGAUUGUCUUACACUAUAUUAGAAAUGAGAAAAGCCAGUUUAAAACAUUCAUAGCAAAUCGAAUUUCGACUAUUCAGAGUCU